CGCACAUGUGCACUCGGUACACAAACAUCCAACAUGGCGUUUUCUUGAAGACGUUCGAAAAAGGCGAAUGGAUUUAGAGAGAUUUUUCAAUGGAAAUGGAGGUUAAAUGGGCUAUUGUCUUUGACAACAAAUGACAAGGAUAAGAAGUGUGAACACCUGCCUACAUGUUCCAUGCAGGCCAAAAAACGUUACCUUUUUGUCGUAAUUCUCGCCGUUCUGUUGUUCAUUGUGUAUUUUGGAUCUAAAAGUGAUCGCAAACAUGGCGAAGUUACCCUGUCUCUUCAGAAGAGAGAAUUCCCGACAUAUAUGGAGUCAGAGGCCGUGGACCUUUCCUCUCCAAGGCGAAGGAGGGAAUCCGUUACUUCGGAUUUCAAAAGUGGAAAGUGUCGAAUGGACACCUGUUUUGAUUUUUCCCGGUGUGUUAGAGGUUUCAAAGUGUAUGUGUACCCAGUUUUGGAGAGGGUAUCGGAAAGUUAUAGCAAAAUCAUUAGUACUAUCCAGGAGUCUAAAUAUUACACAACAAACCCAGACGAAGCUUGCAUCUUCAUCCUUUCUAUAGAUACUCUGGACAGAGACAUACUUAGUGUGAACUAUGCGAAAAAUAUCAUGCCAAAGAUUGCCCAUUUGGGUGCUCUUUGGAACAAUGGUAGAAAUCAUAUUGUAUUUAAUUUAUUUUCAGGGACUUGGCCUGAUUACUCUGAGGUGCUUGACUUUGACACUGGCGAGGCUAUUAUGGCCAGAGCUAGUAUAUCAGAAUCACGAUUUAGACCAAACUUCGAUAUAUCCCUUCCUUUAGUUGGUAGUACCCUCCCUCCAAAAGGAGGAGAAAGAGGCUAUAUGUACACAUCAAUUAACAACAUUCCACCCCUUCGGCAUUAUUUGCUGGGUUUCAAAGGCAAACGUUAUUUAACAGGAGUCGGGUCCGAAACUCGGAACUCUUUGUAUCAUAUGCAUAAUGGGGACGAUAUUGUACUCUUAACGACUUGCAGACAUGGGAAAUUUUGGCAGAAAAAAGCCAAGGAACUGAACGACACCAGAUGUGAUAUAGACAACAGAGAAUUUGAUAGGUACGACUACAAAAAGCUGUUGUACAAUGCCACCUUCUGUCUGGUGCCGAGGGGUCGACGUCUGGGGUCAUUCAGGUUUUUGGAGGCCCUACAGGCAGGCUGUAUCCCUGUGCUUUUAAGUAACGGAUGGGAGCUGCCAUUUGGUGAGGUGAUUGAUUGGAAGAAGGCAGCGGUGUGGGCAGAUGAAAGGCUCCUGUUUCAGGUCCCUUCCAUAGUCCAUGGUCUGUCACAGCCAGAAAUCUUUGCCAUGAGACAGCAGACACAGUUCCUGUGGGAAGCCUACUUCUCUUCUAUGGACAAGAUCAUCAAUACAGUCCUUGAGAUUGUCAAAGACCGUGUGAAGAGCUAUUUCUCGCGGAAUUCGGUUCAUUGGAACAAUUUUCCUGGUGCUUUAAGUCUCCUUCCGGAAUACUCAGAUGUGCUUCAUACAUAUCCGUCAUUUUAUAGACAGUUUGCAUACAAAUCGGAUAACCAGUUCACGGCUGUUGUGUAUGCCACUUCCCCGGUGCUCCUGUCCUCUGCUCCACUGUUCCGUUUGAUCCGGACGGUGGCAAAAUCCACAUUUGUACAAAAGAUAGUGGUCAUUUGGAACUGUGACACGCCGCCACCCCCCUCAUACCAGUGGCCAGCUGAUCUGGGCAUUCCCAUACUAGUCAAGACCAAAAUCCUCAGGUCUGUCAGUGCUCGGUUUUAUCCAUACGAGGAGAUAGAGACUGAUGCUGUGUUCAACUUAGAUGAAGAUUCCCUGCUCACAACAGAUGAGCUAAACUUUGCCUUCAAAGUGUGGAAAGAAUUUCCGGAAAGGAUUGUGGGAUACCCUGCCAGGAACCACUUUUGGGAUGAGGCCAAGAAUGCCUGGAGCUACACUUCCAAAUGGCUGAAUGAGUACUCCAUGGUUCUAACUUCUGGUGCUAUUUAUAACAGGUAUUACAAUUUCCUGUAUUUCAACACCUUACGUCCUGCUGCCUAUCACAUUGUGGAACGCCUCCAAAACUGCGAGGACAUUCUUAUGAACUUCAUUGUCAGUGAUGUCACAAAACUUCCUCCAAUCAAAGUCACACACCGCAAGGUUUCCAAGGAAACCAUGUUGCCUGGCAAAGCUGUCACUGAUCCUAACUACUAUCAAACUAGGUUCAAACAACGACAGGGGUGUGUUGCCUCUCUAACUGAAGUCUUUGGAUACAUGCCUCUUGUCCGCUCCCGAUCUAGAAUGGAUCCUGUCUUAUGGAAAGACCCCGUUUCAAACUUAAGGAAAAAAUAUCGCCAGCUGGAAGUGAUAUGAUUAUUGAAUUUUUGAGGGGAGAUAUGAAUUAUCGUAUUUAAUUUUUUUCUUAGAAUUUAUUUUAGAUAUCGUCUUUACUUAGUCUUUACGUACAAAUACAUUUUUUUUAAAAAUACAAAGAAAGAAGUUCAGUCUGUAUGUUUAUACAAAUGAAUUGUUUUUGUGAGUGUAUGUCAUACUGAUUUAUUUAUGUAUAGAAAUAAGAAUGCUUUUUUAUUGUAUAGUUUAAUUAAUGUCACAAAAGUCUAAAUUAGAAAUUCAACAGAACUCAAAGAUGAUUAUUUAAAGUGUGAGCUUUUUAAAAACUUUUUUCAAAGUUGUAAUUAUUUUGUCAAGAAAUAUGGGCUUUAUUUUCAUAUUAUGACUUCUGAUCUCUAGUUCACAUUUUGUUUUUUCCACAAUUAAUAUCAAUUUUUCUUUUAUUUGCUGAUUUGAUUAUAUGUGAUGAAUAUUUUAAUGAUGUCAUCUUAGUGAAAUAGAUCAUGAUACAUUGUACAUGCACAUGUAGAUGUAGUUAUAUACAUACAUAUUAUGUAGGAUAUACAUUGUAUAUAAUCAUAUAUAACGACAGACUGAGAAUUGUAUAUCAAUUAUCAGAAUACAAUCACUUGUAAAUAUAGAUGUACUAAUUAUUUUUUUAUAUCAUAAUAUUUAUGUCAUUUGUGCAAUAUAUGCAUAAUUAUUUGCAUAAUUUAUCCUUAGUACUUGCAUUGUAUUUUGAAUAAGGUUGAUAUUGUUUUUGUUGCGCUACUGAACAAGUCCUUCCUAUUGAUAACUUUAAAGUUUUGACAGUUUUUACAAAGCGUGGGUUCCACACUUUUACUUGCAAUCCAAACUGAUGUCCACGGAUUCUUUAUCAAAAAUUGACUUGUUGCCUUAAAAUACUUAUUAAGGAGUCUGUACAAAAACCUGCAUGCUUUCAGUGUACUUGUCAUUAAAACCUCUUUUACAAUAUACCACUAUGGUUAAAAGCAAGCAAGAGUUGAAGGCUUUUUUUGUAAUUUUAAAAGCUCUUUCUUCAAUGAAAAAUGAUAUUACCUAGUGGUGUCGUAUACUUACCAUAUUUAUAAGUGGGGACUUUGGUUAGAUGAAUCACCUUAAAGGAAAGACUGGAGGGGAAAAGAGGGCAUUUCAUGAUGUGAUGUUUUUUGCCAGCAUUGUCUUUUUAUCAAAGCUGAUUUUGAGCAUUUGAAACAAGGUUUUUUUUUUUAUAAAAGAAGGUGGGGGGUGUUAUGUUUAAGGUAAAAAAAAAUUGCACAUUCAUUGCUUCAUAUUUAGAGAAAAAGUAAGUGUAAGACUAAUUGUGGAACUAAAUUUUAAGUAUUACUUAUAAUAUUAUCAGGUUGAUGCAUAUUCAUACAUGAAAGCAGGUCUUUGGUGUGUAUUACAUGAUAGCGAAUCAGAAGCGGUUGAAAUCUUGAAGACAGGUUGUAGAGUGUGGGAGACCUCAGUGGAGAAUUAUGUUUAUUAUGUGCCAAAGAUGUGUAUUGUACAACUGCUUCAAAGUUUUGCCGUGAUUUUAUUUUUCAUUUUUGUGUUGUUAUUCAUGCAUAUAACUGGAAUUGUAUAGGAAAUGCCUUUCUCACAUGAUAGCACCACCAAGCUUUUUUGUUUUUAUUUUCAAUUAGAAAUCAGUAGGAACAAUGAAUGUUUAUUAGAUUAACAUAGAAAAAUCCCCCUAAAAACAUCAUUUUUAUUUCUCAUUGUGUGUAGUAUCUACAACAUGUGGAAAAGAUGAAAUUCUGUACCUUUUAUUUAACAAAGGUGAAUUUGACUUAUUUAGCCAUGAUAAUCAUGGCUUAUUUCACAACUUUGUCUUUGGUCAGAGGCUUUGUGGUCACUUUAUCUUUCAAGACCAUAUGUUUGUACCCCUGUACCCUCCCCAAGUGUCCUGAUAUUCUUUGGGCAGGAGGAGGGGCCAUGGUAGGGUGUGAAUCCAGCCCCUAGUAAUGCUUGCUCUCACGUAUAGGAUUUCAUAUAACAUAUAUGUAUUUGGAAUUGGGCUCCGAGUCUUGUUGUAUCUUUGCAAGAACAUUUCUUAAUUUUUACAUUGCAUGUGCAUAUAUGAUAUGAGAGCAUGAUAUAUAUAAUUUUAUUUUGUAAGUAUAUUUUAAAAAAUGAAUAAUCUUUCAGAUUGAAUGAUGUAAAGAUGUGCAUAGCAUUUCCCCAAGUUUAACAUUGAAAUUGAGUAAGAAUUAUUUUUUUAAAACCAUGUGGCAUAGUAUCAUAUCUUGCACGUAUCAGACAAGAAUUUAAGGUCAGUUGCUGAAAAAAUUUGAACAUGGCUGCAAGUUUCUAUUUUAUUAAUAAACCCCAGCUAUUUCAAAAGUACAUGUACUUGUUUUGAGAAGUCACCCUUCUAUUUUCCUGGUUUUAAAAAAUCCCUGAAAUGUCAUGGCAUGAAAAUAAUCCAGCUUAAGAAACAUUGAAAACAGUGGAAACGUUUAAUUGUUCUCUCUUGAUCAUAUUUUAAUGAAUCAACGAGGUUAAUGAUAGAUAUUGGCUACUUACUAUAUCAGUAAUAUUUCAAAAAAGUUAAAAGAACCAUAUGUAACUGUUGUGUUUUAAAGAACACAUAUGAUGUGAAUGGUUACUAAAGUAUUUAAAUCAUGCAUAUGCUCUCGCAUUUUUUACAGGUUUUCAUUGUGCAUAUAAGUACAUGAUUUAGUCUUAAGAUUGGAAACUCAUUUCCAUUAGAGUAUUUUAGUAUUAUUUCAAAGUAAAGUGUACUACUUCUGUAGUAGAACUUGACGUAUUAUUUUGAAUAAAAGCACAUUUUAUAUAA